CACUAUCCUUUCUACCAUUUCAUCCCCUUUUUUCUCUCUCCGCCUCCUCCACGACUCGACCUCGCUCUGCCGUACCCUCGCCGCCCAUCGCCGCCGCCGCUGCUCUCCCUGAUUCUGCCUCCUAUUUUAUGGCUUAUGCCUCCUCGGACGACAGAAAGAUCGUCUCGCCGCGUUGGAACUCCAAGCCGCUCGCCCAUCUCAUCGAACCCCGAACCCUAAUCCUUCCGCCGCCAGCGCAUCCGCCGGUGGGAUACUUGAUCGCCCUCGGUCCUUCGCUGCGCGCUGACCCUGACGGGGCUGUCUUUCUUCGCAAGCAGGCCUUGGUCCCCGUGAAUCCCAAGGUCGUCCCUCCUCCUGUGGUCCUGCGCUUGAAUCCUGCGUUCUUGGCGCAGAUGGAUGAGAAAAGAACGGGAUCGCUUCUGAAGUUUAUGGGAGAUGAGAGUCUGUAUCCGUCCCCAGAGGAGGAAGUGAACAGGAAAAUUGUGAUUAAUCAGCUUAAACAGAUAGUCCGGGAAUGGAUAAAGAAGAUUGCUUGGCAACAUCGUCUACCUAAGACUGUGAUUUAUCAAACAAGUGCAACUGUUCUUACAUAUGGUUCAUAUGGUUUAGGGGUUCACGGUCCUGAAUCUGACAUUGAUGCAUUGUGUGUUGGUCCGUAUUUUGCCACCAUGGAGGAGGACUUUUUCAUUGUUCUGAGAUCAAUGUUAGAAGGGCGAGUAGAAGUUACAGAACUCCAGUGUGUCAAGAGUGCAAAAGUCCCAUUGAUGCGUUUUAAGUUCAAUGGGAUUUCAAUUGACUUUCCUUAUGCGCGCCUUUAUGUUGUUUCUGCUCCUGAGUGUCUGAACAUUUUUGACCCGUCCAUAUUAGCAAAAAUUGAUGAGACUAGCUGGAGGAGUUUGUCUGGUGUUCGUGCUAAUAACCGCAUCCUUCAACUAGUUCCAAAUUUGAAGAAUUUUCAAUCUUUGUUGCGGUGUGUUAAAUUGUGGGCAAAAAGGCGCGGAGUUUAUUCACAUUUAUUUGGGUUCUUUGGAGGAAUUCACUUGGCCAUCCUUGCAGCCUAUGUAUGUCAGAAAUAUCAGCAUGCAAGUAUUAGUGCUCUCUUAUGCCUUUUCUUUGAGACCUUCUCUAAAUGGCCUUGGCCUGAACCAGUAAUUCUAAGAGAUCCAUUGAUUCAGUUUGGACAUCCUGAUAUGCCGUCAUUUAUGCCUAUCAUGAUGCCUUGUAGUCCAUUUGACUGGUGCAACUCUAAUAUUACAAGAAGCACUUAUACAAAAAUUGUUUCUGAGUUUCAGCGUGGAUAUUCCUUGACUAGGUUGCAAGAUCCAGAAGGAUUGAAGUUUAAAUGGGAAAGUUUGUUUGAAGCAUAUCCAUAUAAAACAGAGUAUACUCAUUUUAUGAGAAUUUUUCUUGCUGCUCGAGAUGUGAAUCUACAAGAUUGGGCAGGCUGGGUGAAGUCACGGAUCCGAGCUCUCCUGCUGAAGCUGGAAAUGGUAAUCAAAUAUUGUGAUCCAAACCCUACAGAAUUUGUUGAUCAUGUUGUAGCGGAGCCUAAUGUUGUAUUCUAUUGGGGCUUGUCGCCUGAUGGGGAGACAAUAGACAUUGAUUGGUUGAAAGAGGAGUUCAUGAAGAGUGUUAACACAGAUCAUUUACCUGAUGUCAACCAUAAUCUCUGCAAGCUGGAUUUAGAACUUGUACAUAGUUCCCAGCUCCCUAAAGGCCUAGACUUUGAUGCUGGUAGUGCAAGAUGGUCCAAACCACACUGGAGAAUAAGAGAUAAUAGAGAAUCGCGAAUACCGCUCUACUCCCAACAUCUGCCACAUUAUUUUGUUGGUCAUGCGGCGGAUGGAGAAUACCCUGCUGCUGCUGCUGGCUAGUUGUUUCUUUUUGUUGGUCAUGCGGCAGAUUGUGGCUACUACAAUUUUGAGUAUCCAAUUGUACGCCCCUCUCAGCACUGCCUAGAUAGAGAACAGAUCAAUAUGUUUUGAGAAAUGGUUAAUCUCUCAAGUGCGGUCUUCCAACUAAUCUUCUACAUUGCCUGUAAAGAAUGAAUGAACGUCCUAGAAAUUGACAAAGGAUCUCAACGUGUUGUCUUUUGGAUGUGUUGUUUAGCUGUCUAUAAUAUACUCAUUUGAAAAAUAGGAUUAUGUUUUGAACAAAGAAGUUCUUGGUGUUAUGCAUGCGUGUGAUUUAUUCUGCAA